AUGACUACUUUGGAUAUUGACCAUUCUGAAAGCGAACACAUUAAACGGUUCCAUGGGGAAAUUAUUUAUGAGCCUGAUGGAUUUCUGACCAAAAUUCAUCGGAAAGACAGCGAGUUAAAUAGAAAUUUAGUUAACACAUAUGCUGACUUGUGGAAGGAAGAUUUACUGAAUAAGGAAGAAUCGAUCGAAAAAAGACGCGAAAACGCACAAGUGAUGACAAACGCGUUCUAUGAUGUUGUCACUGAUUUUUAUGAAUACGGUUGGGGAGAAUCCUUCCACUUUGCUCGCACAUUUAAAGGAGACACAUUCGAGCAAUCCAUCAAACGUCACGAACAUUUCCUAGCUUUGAAACUUGGGCUAAACGAGAAAAAGAAAGUUCUCGAUGUCGGAUGCGGUGUUGGAGGUCCGCUUCACGAGAUUGUAAGGUUGUCAGGUGCUCAUAUCACGGGCAUUAAUAAUAAUGGAUACCAAGUUGAAAGAUGCAAAUUCUAUUCUAAGAAACUUGGGGUCAGCGAAAAGACCGAUUUUGUCAAGGGUGAUUUCACAGCAAUGCCGCAAGAAUUUACCGGAAAAUUUGAUUCUGCCUACGCGAUCGAAGCUACGGUUCAUUCACCAAAACUUGAAAUAGUCUACGGUGAAGUAUUUCGUGCCCUGAAACCUGGAGGCCUCUUUGCCUCGUAUGAAUGGGUCACCACACCAAAUUACGACGAAAAUGACCCAGAACAU